UUGUGUUGUAAUCGGGAUCAUUAUCUUGAGUGCGCUUGACGGUUUGUGUAAGCGGAUAGGUACAUGUAAACAACGAUGGCACUGACAGUUCAGAAGUUUCAAACUGUAGGUCCUGUAGAACAAGAUGAAGAUGUCGAAAAUCAAAAUGUACACCCUAAUGAAAUAGACAUGGAUAGACUGUAUCCAAGAAGUGGACACAGAGCUGUAGUAGAUGAUAGUAAUAUGUAUGUGUUGGGUGGUUAUAAUCCUCGCUUUAGACAUGUUGAAAAUUCUUUGGACACAUAUUAUCCUUUAUUCAAAGAGCUAUGGAAAUUUAACUUCACUACUCAGAAAUGGACAUCAUUGAUAACAGAUGGUAUUAUGCCAACAGAAUUAGCAUCACAUGCAGCUUUAAGGUGUGGCAGAAACUUGUUAUAUUUUGGAGGUACAGGUGUACCAUUUGGUCACAGUAGUAGUAAUGACUUUUACACCUGUAAUUUAGACACUUUAAAGUGGAGAUAUGUGAAAUGUCGGGGUGAUAUACCACAGAAGAAAUAUGGUCAUGCUAUGGCAAGACUAGGAAAAGAUGUGUAUGUUUGUGGAGGAACUACAGGCUUUGUAUAUAAUAUGGAUAUUCAUAGACUAGACAUCUAUACUGGUGUGUGGGAGAAACUACAAGUACAUUCCAAAUAUACUCCAAGUAGUCGAUAUAGACACGAAAUUGUUAGUGAUGACUUUCGGUUGUAUGUUUUUGGUGGUGGUACAGCACACCUAGCUUUUCCUCUAGAUAAGAUCCCAGCUUUUGAAGUACAAUCUGGAAUAUGGCAGGAAACACAAACAAAACCUGAUAAAGUGCAUGGAUAUCCUAGAACAAGAAAGUGUCACAGUUGUUCAUUGUUUAGAAAUGAAGCCUAUGUAUGUGGUGGACUUGACGGAGAAGAUAUAAUGGAUGAUAUAUGGAAGUUAAAUUUAACUACUUAUGAAUGGACAAAGAUACCAACAAGUUUACACCUUCCAGUCUACUUCCAUUCAGCGGAUAUCACACCAGAUGGUUGUUUAUACAUAUUUGGAGGUGUAACACGUAUUGACGAUAUCAGAACGAACUGUGUACAAAGAAUCUGGUUAAUAUUGCCCACUCUCCAAGAGCUGUGUUGGGAGAAUAUGUGUUUAACAUUAGAUAUGAAUAGACUACAAAAACACAGAAGUAAAUUAUUUGAAAUUGGAGUUCCUAUGCACUUCAUAGAACGCCUGUGAUAUUUUACCCGUAAAUUGUGAACAUAUUUUAAAUAACAUACAUGUUUGAAGGAUAUGCGUUGAACCAUUGCACAUUGUUCACUAAUUAACUAGGUAUGAGUUAAAUUGUAAGUUUAUUGUCCUUUAAUCUAUAUUGCACUGAGGCGUAGCUGAGGACAGUAGUUGUAUUUGAGGGGACAAUAAACUUACUAUUCCACAAAUAUCCAGUAAGUAAGUUUUUUAUUCAAUCGAAAUGACAAUAGACAAUAAAUCAUUGGGAUAGAAUAAAUCGACUAUCGACAUCUGAAGCAGAAACCCAACCAUACCAUUUAACGUUUAAUCCCGUAGCUGCAUUUGAAAUUCUGCGAAAAUUUAAUGACUAUUACAGUCAUAUAGUUUUAUCAAAGUACAAUGGAUGGAAACUCUUGACCGGUUCACUAACUUUAGUUUGCGUCAAUCAAAUUUUAUGAAACUUAUACACGAUGCUUAUUACAACAAAAUACAGAUCAAGUUUGAAUUUUGUUGGUGUCACUGAUAGUGUUCUACAGUUAUGUCCCUUUACAAAUGUAAAAAAUGUCUCAAUUUUUCGUUUCCGUUCUCUAACUUAAGUUUGCGUCAACCAAAUUUUAUGAAAAAGUACACAAUGAUCAUAACCACAAAAUACAGAUUGGUUUGAAUUUUUGUGUACAUCUUUAACUGUUCUAGAUUUAUGCCAAUUUGCAAAACAACCAAUUGUAUAGUUUCAAGACAAUAAGUUGUGUAUAAGUAUUUCAAUUGCUCUGAAAUUGUACCACGAUGUUUAAACCCAUAAAUAGAAGGUUGGAAUUUUUACGCCCCACAUACGAUAGUAGAGGGGCAUUAUGUUUUCUGGUCUGUUCGUUCGUCCGUCUGUCCGUCUUCAGGUUUAAGUUUUUGGUCAAGGUAGUUUUUGAUGAAGUUGAAGUCAAAUCAACUAGAAACUUAGUACACAUGUUCAUUAUGAUAUGAUCUUUCUAAUUUUUAAACCAAAUUAAACUUUUGACCCCAAUUUCACGGUCCACUGAACAUAGAAAAUGAAAGUGCAUGUUUCAGGUUAAAUUUUU